AUGCAGGGGUCCAUGCAAUCAUCAGUGUCACGAUUCACUGGAGCCCCUCCAGCUCCUCGGCAUGCCCAGACCUUGACAGUAAUGAACAACGCGCCCGAACCAUCGAGUGUGGAAUUGGCCCUGGAGCUACAGCAGCCGCCGUCACACACAACAUUUCUACAACAUGACUAUGCAGCGCUAGUAGCUAAUACACUAGACAUAACAAGCUUUAUGGACAGCUUUCCUGGUCAUUUGCAAGGCAUGAAGCUUGUCAGAGACCCACCUGACUUGGACACAUGGAGAAAGAUCUUGUUCCAUGUAGAUGAGAUGAUUACCCUCAGCGAAGAACAGUUUCAAAUAUACUUCCCUCACAUCGACAACGUUUACUCCCACCGCUCCACUCAGCGAUACAAGCGCAAACCAUUCGCCUCUCACUAUUGGGAUUGCAGAUUAAAGGGCCGAGCAUCGGGGACCCCCAAGUCCGACGAUCCAAAUAAGAAGAAGCGCAAGCGUGUUGCACGGGAGAGAGAUCUUUGCGAUGUCAAGAUCAAGAUCACCGAAUACUUUCCCACUGCUGGCGUGUUAGAGGAUGUAGCCAUUUCGGAGGACAUGUUGCCUGACAUGCAUUCUAUGUUUCCACUACAGGGUAACAAUUCGUUCAGUGUGCUUUCUGCACCUAGUUCAAAUUUACCGGAGAAUCAUCCCGGGGCAAACGGGAAGAGAUAUUUCACUAUCCAACGGGUGAAUGGCACUGGCGUUCAAGGGCAGGGACUGGGAUGUGGUCAUCAACACACUCUGGAAGACAGUGAUCGAGUCAAGAAGAAUAGUGUCCAGCGCGUUCUUUUGAAAGAGGACAAGGAAAGAAAAAAGAAUAUGAACAGAACUAUGUCGGACCAGAAGUCAUAUCACACCAAAGCGACAGGCCAAGCCGCUGUGACCGCAGGUCAACAUGCAGCGGAGUCAAGGCUGAAGCUCUAUGGAAGCUGUUUCUGUCCCUUCGUGCAACGGGUAUGGAUAGCGCUGGAAAUGAAAAAGAUACCCUAUCAGUACAUCGAGGUCGAUCCAUACAAAAAGCCUCAGUCACUGCUGGAUGUGAAUCCACGGGGCUUGGUCCCAGCGUUACGACACGAUGACUGGGGGUGCUACGAAAGCACCGUACUCAUGGAAUAUCUCGAAGACUUGAAACUUGGCAGAGCACUUCUACCAGAAGAUGCAAAGAUGCGUGCCCAUUGCCGACUUUGGGCAGACCAUAUUAAUCGGAAUAUCGUGCCUAACUUCUAUCGGGUACUGCAAGAGCAGGACCCAGAGAAGCAGAUCGAGAACACAAAAGAGCUCCAGAACGCCUUCGACAAGCUGCUCGCAGCCGCACAUCCUGAUGGUCCCUUUUUCAUGGGAUCGCAGAUGUCCUUUGUGGAUGUGCAGGCUGCCCCGUGGGUCAUCCGACUUCGUCGAGUCUUGACGCCGUAUCGAGGCUUACCAGAUGCCGAGGCAGGAACUCGAUGGGCCUCAUGGGUAGAUGCUAUCGACGCCAAUGAGCAUGUCCGAGCAACAACUAGCUCCGAUGAACUAUAUCUGGACAGUUAUGCGCGAUACGCCGAGAACCGGCCCAACACGUCUCAGGUUGCGAAUGCAAUCAAUUCGGGACGGGGCCUUCCCUAG